CCGGGAUUGAGCUCACGCGCCGGCGCGUGGCGUUUGGCUCGCAGGAAAGUGCCGCGCGUGGCGGCGCGUGAGAGGCUGUUUGUCGGAACUGUUUUCAGGGGUUUGGUCGGAAUUGAAUGAGCAUGCUCAUGGUGUUUAUGGAUCCUCAAGAUUCCUUGUUCUCAGGCUCCUCGGGGAGUGUGCCUGAGAGCUCAAGAAAACAGAGAGAGAAAAUAGAGACCACUAAAUUGAAAAAGAAUUUCAGCAGUAAGAUAUUUGUUCGCUUACAUUGGUGUUCUCUUAAUCAAUCGGUUGGUGAUAUGAACUUUGCAGAAUUUUCUUAAUAGAUUGGUUAAAAAUCAUGGAAGCAUUGACCUCGAGUGGUUAAGGGAUGUCCCACAAGAUAAAGUGAAAGAAUACUUGUUGAGUAUAGAUGGGAUUGGACCAAAGAGUGUGGAUUGUGUUCGACUUUUGACACUUCGGAAUCUUGCUUUUCCUGUUGACGUAAAUGUUGCUCGAAUAGCAGUACGUCUAGGAUGGGUCCCUUUGCAACCACUACCUGAUGGCAUCCAGAUGCAUCUUCUGGAGAGGUACCCCCUGGAGAGUGACAUACAAAAGUACCUUUGGCCACGUCUUUGCAACCUUGAUCUGCUAACACUAUAUGAACUGCAUUACCACAUGAUCACAUUUGGGAAGGUUUUCUGUACGAAGAGAAGUCCAAAUUGUAAUGCCUGCCCAAUGAGAGCCGACUGCAGACACUUUGCAAGUGCAUUUGCAAGUUCUAGGCUUCGCCUCCCAGGACCACAGCAGAAAGGAGUGGCUACCGUUAAGCAGCCUGUUAGAGUUGAUGAAGUCCCAAACAUAUGUCUGCCGUCACCAGCUUUGUCCCUUUCUAGCAGAAGCUUCUUGGAGUCCAGGUUCCAGACUCAAGAUUGUGAGCCUAUCAUAGAAAUGCCAGCAUCUCCGGAGCACAAAUCUCUAGAAUCACUGGAACGAGACAUUGAAGACUUUCCUUAUGAGGUGGAGCAUGAGCAGGAGAUGCCUACCAUCCGACUCAACACCGAAGAGUUUCGAGAAAAUGUCUUGAACUUUAUCAACAAGUCCAACACUAAAGAGUUUCAAGAAAGUGUGUUGAACAUUGUUGAUGAGAUCAGUACAUUGAAUCAAGAUGAAGAAGUGUCAAAAGCCUUGGUUCUUUUGAAUCCAGUGUCUGCUUCACAUCCUGCUCGUAAACUGAAGUAUGAGAGUCGACUAAGGACUGAGCAGUUAGUGUAUGAGCUUCCAGAUUCACAUCCUCUUUUGAGUGGGUUUGAGGAACGGGAGCCUGAUGACCCCUGCCCUUACCUUCUUGCCAUCUGCCGAACAGAGGAUCUAGAGCGACGUGAUGCAGAGAUAUGCUCAGGCAGUCCAAGUUCCUCCCAAUAUGAUCAGAUAGUUUAUGGAACUAUUUUGAUACCAUGUCGGACGGCGAACAGGGGAAGUUUUCCACUUAAUGGAACGUACUUUCAAGUUAAUGAGGUUUUUGCUGAUCAUGAGUCAAGCAAAAACCCAAUUCCUGUUCUGAGGACGUCAAUAUGGAUUUGAGACGAAAAACUUUAUUGUUCGGAACUUCAGUUACGACCAUUUUUAAAGGCAUGUCAACAGAAGACAUUCAGUAUUGCUUUUGGAGAGGAUAUAUGACUGUGAGAGGAUAUGACAGAGAGCAGAGGGCACCCAGACCCCUCCAUGAUCGGUUCCAUUCAGGAUCAAAAAGUAAAAGAUAGUCAAUUCUGAUGAUUUGCAUUUAGAGGUGGCAGUUAUUUGAUAGGUGAUAAAAGCGUAAACUAUUUUUGAAAACCUGUACCCAUUUAUCAUUCGUUUAACAUAAUUUUCUUGUGAGAAUCAUGAUCGUCCUUUGAUGGAAAAGGUCAUCCUAGUCGCUCAUAUAGUUGCUAGAAUUGUUUCAUUCUUUUGCUAUUUCUAUUACUUGACAGGAUUUUCUUGUU